AUGUCGUCCGACAAGAUCAACCAGCUGUUCUGGCUCUACUACGGCCAGGCCAUCAAGGACAAGGCCGGAGCCAAUUUCGGCAAGACUGGCGCUUUCUUCCUAGCCACCGAGGCCCAGAAGGGUCCCGUCGCCGGUGACUACAUCCCUGAUGAGUACACUUAUCAGGGUCUGUAUGACAUUGGCAACAACCUUUUGGCUACUGACAACCUCUUCUACAACCCUUCUGCCCUGCAUGGUUACUACGAGGCCAUCGGCACUUACCUGAACUGGGUCGACUUGCAAGGCAAGCCGGACGCUAAGCUGGAUGCGGCGCUGCUCUCAGCCCUCCAGGACCAGGCAGCUAUGCAGAAGAAGUACGCGACGGAGCGAGCGAAUGCGGCCUCCCAGUGGAAGGACGACAAGGACCUGGGUCUGACCACCCUGGGCUUCUAUGACUGGGUCUACUCCGGCAACGCCCCCGCCUUCAUUGCUGCUCAGAAGCAGCUUGCCCAGAUCGGCUCCACGAUCCAGAACAUCCAGAACCAGAUUGCUGGACCCAUGGCUGCGACUAUCAACAAGGACAGGUCCAAGUACGACCAGGGUAGCGACCAGCAGAAGGACUGGCCAGGUGUCAACAUGCACGGUGCCUUCGGCAACAUCCUGAGCCCUGCCGAGCUCGUGCGCAAGGCCAACGCGGGCGAGAAGGUGCCCCCUCCAGACUUCCAGCGCAUCCCUGCUUUCAAUGCCCCCAAGUACAAGGCGGCGGUCCAGGCUGCCAUGAGGAAGGCCACGGGCGACUACACUCCGGAGAACUCUGUCUCCUUCACCAUCGACACGGGCAAGAACACUUCCGACUUUGACUUUGGCCAGACCUCGGGCAGCGCCAGCGUCAGCGCCUCUACCUUCUGCGGCUGGUUCUCGUUCAACGCCAGCGCCAGCCACUCGGAGGAGUCCACCAGGCUCGAGACCGGCUCCGACAGCACCAAUGUCUCCGUCAAGAUCACCUAUGACACUAUCGAGCUGGUCGAUAUUGUCCCCGGCUCGUGGAACAUCGACACGUCCAAGUACAAGCUCCGCAGCGACGCUCCCAAGGACGUCAAGGCCCUCGCCCGCGUCAGCCAGCUCGUCAUCGCCACGGGCCUCGGCUACGAGAUCACCGUCGGCGCGUCGACCGCCAGCACCAUCGAUACCAAGUACAAGGAGACGUCGAGCGCCGGUGGCAGCAUCAGCAUCUUUGGCAUCCCCAUUGGCAUCGGUGGCGGCGGCAGCCACUCCGAGGAGCACGACUCGCACAAGGCGACCUGGGACAGCGCCAGCAAGACUUUCAAGGUGACUCCCGCUGCCGACGUCGGCUUCGCCACCGUGGUCGGCCUCGUCGGUGAGAAGCUCAACAUCCUGUAA